AUGAAACUUGAAGCAUCCCUUUUCCUGUCAUACGCCGUGGCGGCUCUGGCAAGCAGGUGCAAACCACACAUUCCGCCCUCCCCGAUCGGCACCUUCCCCCCACACGUCAUCUACGACCCACCCGCCGGCCAGCGUGCCUCCUACCCCCGUCACGUCGAGCUCAAGGACGGCACUCUCCUUAUCACCUCCAGCAUCAUCGGCGGCGACUUCUUCAACAACAAGAACUCAUCCUUCCCCGUCUUCGAGAGCAAAGACGGCGGCGUCCACUGGAAAUGGAUCUCCAACAUCACCGACCAGGUGAACGGCUGGGGCAUGAGCGCCCAACCGGCGCUGCUUGAACUGCAGAAGCCGCUCGGCGGGUUCAAGGCUGGCACCAUUCUCUUCUCGGGAAACAGCUGGAGCAACAACGGCACCCGCAUCGACCUGUACGCCAGCACCGACAAGGCGCGGACCUGGCAGUUCGUCAGCCACGUGGCCGAGGGCGGCCGUCCCAACACCACCAACGGCGCCACGCCCAUUUGGGAACCCUUCCUGCUCGACUAUAACGACGAGCUGAUUGUCUACUACUCGGACCAACGCGACCCCAAGCAUGGCCAGAAACUCGCCCAUCAGCGGUCCAAGGACCUCCGCACCUGGGGUCCCGUCGUCAGCGACGUUGCGUACGACGAAUACAUCGCUCGCCCGGGAAUGACAGUCGUGGCCAAGAUCGAAACCAUCAACAAGUGGAUCUUAGUCCACGAGUUCCCCGUCGGCAACUCGAGCUCCUACGGUGUCAACUACCCGGUGUACUACCGCAUCGCAGAGGAUCCGACAAAGUUCGACUCGGCUCCUGGCAUCCCGAUUGUUAUCGACGGAAAGUUAGCGCCAAAUGCCUCGCCGUAUGUGGUCUGGUCUCCUGCUGGCGGGCCGAACGGCACCAUUGUGGUGUCGGACGCUGAUCGGAGCGAGAUCUAUACCAACCGGUUUGGUGGGGACCCGAAAAAGUGGGAGAUGCAUGCUAUUGAGCAACCUGCUGCUUACAGCCGGGCUUUGCACAUAUUCAGGAGAGAUCCGAAGAAGCUGAUGGUGCUGGGUGGCGCGACGUUUGAUGAAGGCGGUCCGGAUGAACUGAGUUUGAGUGUUCUCGACCUGAUUGAGCUGUUGAAGACGAGGAUUUAUCCUGCCUAG